AAGUCCCCGAGUGCUCACACAUGAUAGGAGCAUUUCUGAGUGCGAGUGGCCAUCACUGACCUCCUGGCGCACUAGCUAGCUUCUCUGCACUCAUCGAUCGAGCAGCUCGCUCACCAGAUCUGCCAUUAUACUAGCUAGGCUCCGAUCCUCUUCCGUGCCAAUGGCAACCAACUCGAUCUCUUUUCCCUAUAUAUAAUCCGUGUGGCCGGCCAGUACAGGGGGAUCUUGGAGUGUACUCAUCAUACAGCUAGCAGCUAGAAUCUAGAGAGUACACAAGUGGAGGCAUAUAUCUAUCUGCAGUCUCUUUCUUCUUCCUCUCGAUUGAUCGAAGCUCGUUGGGACGGCCUUUGUCUCUGUCCGGCGGCCAUCAGACUAUUAAGGCAAGCCCUCGACGGAGACUACUCGAAGGGGAGGAGAGGAGUUCAUCAGGAGACCACACGCCUGCUGGCCUCAGCUGCAGCAGAGAGGACCGGAGGGGGUGAUGGAUCAUCGAUCGAUGGCGGCAGCCACCAUGUCCAUGUUUAGCAGGAGCAAGCAGAAGAAGGACGGUGAGCGUAGCAGUAGUAUUGGCAAUAAUCAGCAGGCGGCGGCGGCGGCUGUGCCGCUGGGGAUGAGGAAGGGGCCGUGGACAGAGGAGGAAGACGCCCAGCUGGUAUGGUUUGUGCGCUUGUUUGGUGAACGCCGGUGGGAUUUCUUAGCAAAGGUUUCAGGUCUGAGGCGCACCGGCAAGAGCUGCCGCCUCCGGUGGGUCAACUACCUCCACCCGGGCCUCCGCCGCGGCCGCAUCACCCCCGACGAGGAGCGCCUCAUCCUCGAGCUCCACGCGCAGUACGGCAGCAGGUGGUCGCGCAUCGCCAGGAGCCUCCCCGGCCGCACCGACAACGAGAUCAAGAACUACUGGAGGACGCGCACCAGGAAGCAGAAGGCGGCGAGCCAGCAGGCGUUGGCGUCGGCGUCGGCGUCGGCGUCCUCGUCGUCGACCGUGACCACUACCGCGUCCUGCUCUGCUGGCUCUCCGAGCAGCGGCAGCGGCCGCCUCACGGCCGCGUCCUCGUCGGCGCUGCGAGAAAGCGGCGGCGGCGACGUCGAGGACGACGCCGAGCUCGAUGAGGCGUCCACCACCGCGGCAAGCCAGCAUCGUCACCACCAGCAGCAGCAGGAGUCUUCGUACACCAUGGACCAGUUCUGGAACGAGAUCGCGGCGGCCGACGCGGCGGCGAGCUACAUGGUCGACGGGUGGGGAGGCGCGGGCCACCCCGCUGCCGCCGAGCCGCCGGCGCCGUCGUCGCCGGUGUGGGAGUACUGCUCGGAUUAUUCGCUCUGGAGGAUCGACGACGAGGAGUACUACAAGAAGAUGCUCGACGCUUCUUGAUCGAGCCAUAGAUGCAUAUCAGAUCAUAAUCCACCAUGCAUCUUAGCCUUAUAUGUUGAAUUACUAGUUAGCUUUACUUUCUGUCUUGCUACGAUUUCAAAGCUAGGUUCGUCUUUCGUUGCAUCUGUUCCUACGUUCUUUGUAUACUAGUACUAUAUAUAUUUGCAUUUGUAUACUGUAAUUACACAUGUACCUUUGCUUGACGCGUGCAUGCCAUGUACGUCAUCAGAAGACAGAGUUCGCCAUCUUAUGCUGAAUGGUCAGGUAUUCAGAUCAGAUCAGAAAACAUCUGUAGGGACCUUGCUGUGUUCAUGCAUGUAAGAUUGAUGAUGGGAUUAUACUGAGUAUAUGAGAGCUGUUACAUUACUUA